AUGGAUCGGUCACAAUUCAUCGAUCUUUACAUUAUUGGCUUUUAUGACUGGUUUCUGUCUCUGGAUGUUUUGGGCUUGCUGUUGGUUGCAUCAAUGGCACAUACUAGUUGUCCCUACGUACGGUGCAGAAUAAGCAAUGGUGAUGACCCAAUGGAAGAGCUACACGGAAUAUCAAGUUCCAUUCAUUCAUUCUUCUGCAUCUUCUUGUCCCUACAAAGUGUUGAAUGA